AUGGCCGCCGCGUCCACCCCGUCGCGGUCCGUCCUCGCCCGCGCCCUCCUCCGCUCGGCUACCUCUCGGCCGGUGGCGACAUGUCCGAUGCAGCUGCGGCAGAGCCUCCGCGCGGUCGCGGCCUCCUCCUCCUCCUCCUCAUCUUCCUCGCAAGGCCACCGCUCGCGCGCUAUGAGCACCGCCGCCGUCUCUUCAUCACAAUCGCGCGGUACACGGCGCCCGCAAGCCCAUGCCCUCGGGCGCACUCCUCAGCAUCCUAGCGCCGCCGCCGUCGCACGCCGCACCAUCUUCAUCCAGACCGAGCCCACGCCCAACAGCGACGCGCUCAAGUUCCUGCCCAACCACCGCGUGCUCCCCGAGGGCUUCGCCGCGCCCUUUGUCGAGUAUAUGAGUCCGCGCGCGACCAUUGCCCCGCCACACCCUUCGCCGCUCGCCGCCAAGCUCAUGAACAUUGACGGCGUCACGUCCGUCUUUUACGGCGCCGACUUCAUCACCAUCACAAAGGCCAGCGACGCUAACUGGGCCCACAUCCGGCCGGAAAUUUUCGCCCUUAUCACCGAGGCCAUCACCUCGGGCGAGACCAUUGUCACCUAUAAGGAGGCGCCUGUGGGCGCUGGGGCCGCGCCCGCGGAGGAGCAGGCCGACAGUCUAGCCUACGACGAAGAUGACGACGAAGUUGUGGGCAUGAUCAAGGAGCUUCUGGAGACGAGGAUCCGGCCCGCCAUCCAGGAAGACGGCGGCGACAUUGAGUUUCGCGGCUUCGGCGACGACGGGUUCGUCAACCUGAAGCUUCGAGGCGCGUGUCGAACGUGCGACUCGAGUACGGUGACGCUGAAGAAUGGUAUUGAGGGUAUGCUCAUGCACUACAUUGAGGAAGUCAAGGGCGUCCGCCAGAUUCUCGACGAGGAGGAAGAGAUUUCUCUGCAAGAAUUCGCCAAGUUUGAAGAAAAAUUGAAGCAACAAAAGGGUGUUGCCCAAAGUGCAUAG